AUGGUGAAGCGGAAGGCCGAGAAACAACAAGCUGCUGCCCCUAUGAGCGCUGUCGCAGCGCGCAGAGCUCGGCAGCAGCAAGCGCAGAAUGUGUCGACGACAAAAGGCGAGGCAGAAGUCGAGAUUAUGACCGAGCCGCCAUCUAAAAAGACUCGACGAUCCCUGGACGGUGAUGAGCCAAAGAAGGCAGAAUGCGCAGACAUUCGAGUUUCUCGGACCAGCUCGUCGAAGAAGCAGGAUGCUCCAGUGCCAGCAGAGACUGCAAAGGGGCGUUCAAAGGGGUCUACGCGGGCCAACCAAUCCGAUGAUGCGCCUCCUAUUUCGGAACCACAAGCAUUGGACGAACAGCAGGAGGGGUCUGAUGAGGAUCAAGUCGGAGGUCCAGAGGAUAUGAGCGAGGAUGAAGUUGCAUCUAUCGCCGGUGAUGCUGACGGCUAUGAAUCCCCGGCGGAUACCCCGGCAGAACUCCAAAAUUUCCCGUUGUCUAAAGCGCGUUUGAACAAAAGCAAAGUUGUCUAUGCCGAUGAAGGAGCCUUGUGUGUCCGCAUCAAAGAAAAGAUGAACUUAGCAUUGGUCGGUCAGUAUGAUCUUUGGGUCAAGCGGGGUGUUGUCAGCCUCAUGGGAGCCAAGUUGCGUCCAUCUUCUAAGGUCUAUCGAGUCUAUGCUCCAUCGACCCACUCUUUGCCCGUCAUCAAAUGUGUCUCGGGUGUUGAUGGAGAGGCGGAAGUGGAGUUCAAGUCCUGCAAUAACGGACUUGCUCGUCUUCGCGAUGCAUCUCCUCUAUAUCAAAGAAUCUGGAAUGGGCAAAAUACUGAUGCGGAUAAAAUCGCCAUCAAGGGGGCGGCUGAGAAUUGGCGCAGGAGUUUCUCUGUGCUUUAUACAUCAGCGGAUGAUUCUAUGAAAAGACAUCUGCGACCUCUUCAUCUCGACAAAAAAUGGAGUGCCUCAAUGAAGGCCCUAUCUCAGCGGCAAGGGCGCCUUCGAGUGCUGGUUUGCGGACCCAAAGCAUCUGGGAAAUCCACCUUCUGCCGCUAUCUAUUGAACCAUGUUCUAAGUCCAGCACCUGAAACCGAAAACGGAUAUCUCAACACUGAUGGUGUCGCUUUCCUGGACCUCGAUCCAGGCCAGCCUGAGUUCGCACCGAUGGGCCAGGUCUAUCUUGCACACCUAAAGGCCCCGUUUUUUGGUCCUCCAUUUACCCAUCCUUCUCUGGAUGAUUCCCGUGACGGCCAUAUCUUGCGAGCACACCACAUCGGUGCUACGUCGCCAAAGGAGGACCCCGAUCAUUAUGCCGUGGCUACUAUGAACCUGCUGGACCAGUAUCGCACUUUGUUGGCAAUAUAUCCUCAGUGCCCGCUGAUCGUCAACUACCCUGGCUGGAUCUUUGGGCAGGGUUUGGAAGUUGCUACCUGGCUGAUCGGUUGUCUCGGGUUGUCUGACGUCGUGUAUAUGAGUGAGAAAGGGCCAGCAGAGGUAGUGGAGCCUCUUAAUGUAGCUGCAAAUGCGGCCCGGGUUCCGAUGACGAUCUUGCCAUCCCAGCCGACUGAGUUUGUCAGCCGCUCUAGCGCUCAGCUACGGUCAAUGCAGAUUCAAUCUUAUUUCCACUUGUCUCACCAGGCUGGUCUCAGCAACCCGCAAUGGUCAGAAACCCCGCUCUCUCGCACCAGACCCACUGCUGUGGAAUAUGCUGGUGAAAAGCAAGGUAUCGCUGGUGUCGUGGUUAUGGGAUCACAGAUAAACCCCAACAUGCUGCGCGAAGUGAUUGAGGGUGCUAUUGUAGCAGUUGUCGAAGUUGAAUCACCAAGAGCAUUUUUGGGCUCUUCAUCAUCGGCGGAAAGGCUCUCAAGAGAAGACGAGCAAUAUGGUACUGGAGCUGAUGACGAUGUCGAAAUGGGCUCAAACGAGUCUGCCACCAAGGGGACGUUGGCUUCAAUCGAAGAUGGCAGUGUUAUCCGAACUCCGGAGAACCUUCCAUACCUCUUUGCUGGGUUCGGAAGCUGUACUCCUCUUGACCCGAAGUCAUCAAAUUGCCUUGGAUUGGCUCUCGUCCGCUCUGUCGAUACUGCCUCGCAGAAACUGGAACUUUCCACCCCGAUCUCUUCGUCGCGCCUAUACAACGCCAUUGAGCAAGGGCACCGCAUUGUGCUUGUACGAGGUCAACUUGAUAACCCGAACUGGGCCAUCAGCGAAGAAUAUCAUGCUGCGCGAGCUGCAGAGAGACAGUAUCAACAGUCAGUCUCCCGCUUGAGGAAGAAUGAAGACUCUCUCAGCGGUGAUGACUUGGUAAAGCACAACCAAACGAUGGCUGUCCUUCGUGAGAGGAUACGACGCGCAGGCAAUGUGCCCUGGAUGACAGUCGUGGAAGACAACAGCCGACGACGACGCGAGGAAGCUGCACGCCGUGAAAAGUCUCUUUGGAAGUUAAGGAAGAAGGCAUAUCCAGGAAGUGAAAGCGAGACCGAUUGGUAA